CAGCACAGCAUGGCAACAUCUAACUACAGUGAGGGCGCCUUCACUUCCUUCAUCCUGAAUGGGAUCCCAGGCCUGGAAGCCAUCCAAAUGUGGAUCUCCCUACCUUUUUUCUCCAUGUAUCUCAUUGCUAUGGUGGGCAACUGUGGGCUGCUUUACGUCAUCCGGGUUGAGGAAGCUCUUCACAGGCCCAUGUACUUCUUCCUUAGCAUGCUCUCCAUCACGGACAUCCUUGAGAUAAACACUGUGGUGCCCAAAACUGUCACCAUCUUCUGGUUCAAGAUGAAAGAUAUUGACUUUAGCUCCUGCCUGGCCCAGAUGUUCUUCAUCCACAUGCUCACUGGGAUGGAGUCUGGGGUCCUCAUGCUCAUGGCCCUGGACCGUUUCAUCGCCAUCUGUUACCCACUGAGAUACAGCACCAUUUUGACCAACUCGGUUAUUGCCAAGAUCGGCUUGGCCACUUUCCUCCGAGGGGCAAUGCUGAUGCGUCCCUUCCACUUCUUGGUCAGAAGAUUGCCAUACUGCCGCACUAACAUCAUCGCUCACACCUAUUGCGACCACAUGUCCGUAGUCAAGAUAGCCUGUGGCAGCGCAUGGGUGGAUGCAAUCUACGGCUUGAUGGUGGCUUCAGUCAUUGGGGGAUUUGACAUCCUCUCAAUUGCCGCAUCUUACGCCAUGAUCCUCAGAGCCGUUGUGGGGCUUUCCUCCAAGGAUGCACGGAGCAAAGCCUUUGGGACCUGCACCUCCCAUGUCAUUGCCAUAAUUAUCACAUACACUCCAGCAUUUUUCACCUUCUUCACCCAUCAUUUUGGGGACCACACCAUCCCACACCACAUUCAUAUCCUUAUGGCCAAUUUCUACUUGCUCACACUCCCUAUGCUCAACCCCAUUAUUUAUGGGGUGAAGACGAAACAGAUUCGGGAAAGUGUGUUGAAACUAUUCCAUGCAGGAAAAACAGUUUCAACAGAUGAAUGGUGA